ACGAGACUCCCACUCCCAGAGGCCUUUGUGGCAGACGAGGAGGACUACACUUCCCAGAGGCCUCUGCGGCGCCGAGACAGGAAGCGGCGGGCGAGUGCAGUGUCCUUGCGCACGGAGCCGAGCGACCAUGGUGUCCCGAGUGUGGUCGCUGAUGAGGUUCCUCAUCAAAGGCAGUGUGGCUGGGGGUGCUGUCUACCUGGUCUACGACCAGGAGCUGCUGGGGCCCAGCGACAAGAGUGAGGCCGCCCUGCGGAAGGCCGAGGAGGUGGUGCCCCCCGCCGUGUACCAGUUCAGCCAGUACGUGUCCCAGCAGACAGGCCUGCAGAUACCACAGCUCCCAGCCCCUCCAAAGAUCAACUUUCCCAUCCGCGAGUCUUGGAAUUCAGGCAUCAUCAAGGUGAUGUCGGCUCUGUCCGCCGCUCCCUCCAAGGCCCGCGAGUACUCCAGGGAGGGCUGGGAGUACCUGAAGGAGCGCACCAAGUAAGAGUCCGCAGAGGCCGUCCACCCCGCAGAACUGCAGGGCGCCAGGGACUGGAGGUUCCAGACUGGCACCGCACCCCGAGGGCAGCUCCCGGCCUUGCCGGCCCAAUAAAGGACUUGAGAACCA